AUGGCUACCCUGCACACCCUGACCAGGAGCUUCUCAGUAUGGGUCAUUUUCUGCUGCUGUUGCUGUCUCCCUCUUCUUCUCACCAGUCCCCUGCCUCCAAAAGGGACAGGGGUGGCUUCCAAUGCCCAUCAAGCCUGCAGCCUCAGAAAGAUCAACUUCCAGCAGCCCUACAUCAGGAAUCGCACCUACACCUUGGCUGAAAUGGCCAGGGUCUCAGAUCAAGACACUGACAAUAGAUUUAUUGGUCAGCAAAUCUAUGUCAACAUCAGGGAGAACAACCGCUGCUACAUGAUGAAGAGAAUUACAGAGAUUAUAUUGAAGGAUGUCCUCCUCACAGAGGCCAAGGAGCGGUACCCGUAUGCUGAGGAUGUGGCACAGUUUCUGGCAUCCCUGACCUCGGAGCUGAGCAGAUGUAAAUACUCAGGAAACAGAGAGCAUAUUGAAAAGAACCUGGAAGAAAUGAAGAGCAAAAUGAAAGAGUUGGGAGAGAAUGGAAAGAACAAAGCCAUCGGAGAACUGGAUUUACUGUUUGACUACAUAGAGAAUGCUUGUAGUGAUGCCCCAAAGAAGGGAGGGAACAAGAAGAAAAACUGA